UUAAAAACUAAUCAUACUUUAUAUUGUGUAAAGUGGUUUUAUAAUUGUAAUUGUUUAUACUUAUGCUACGACAGCUAGCUAAGCGGAAAUAUUGUCUUCUUCAUAAAAAAUGGAAUGGGUUCUCAGAAGCCCUCAGCUCCAUAGCACAUUCAGUAAUCUUGGAUUUUUACAUUCAGAUGGAUAUCACGUAAAUGAACACUGUAACGCUGCUUUAGAAACUAUUUUACAUAAUAUAUUAACAGAAGAUAAAUAUUUAUGUACCUAUCGUAGAAGUAUUAGUUUCGGUCAAAACAUAAAAAAGGAUCUUAUUCCAUUACUGAUUAAUGCAAAAGAAGAUAAAACUAUUGAACUAGUGAUAAAAAUAUUAGUUAAUUUAACUAUACCUAUAGAAUGUCUACUUUCUAUGGAUGCAAUUUCGAAAACUGGCUUCGGGAGACACACUAUAUUUGAAGUUAACAAUUUACUAGCAACUACUAAACUUGCUCUGACAGACCAUCGGGCAACAAAGGUUAUAAUAGAAUUUUUGAAAAAAAAUUCAAACUUAGAGCAAAAAAGUAAACUUUCUUCGGAGCAAUGCGUAAAUAUUAGCAACACACUUCUAUUUCUGCGUAAUAUCUUGUAUAUACCUGAACAUGUGAGCGAGCUGAGUCUCGCCUACAAUGGCUCCCAGCACAGCGUGCAAAAUCAAUUACUAUGGAACUUGUUUAGCCAAAACUUUGACAUAGUUCUUAUAAAGCUUAUGUGUAUGCCAGAUGCGACCAAUUGGGCAGUUACAAUGGUACAAUUAAUAGCCCUAUUAUAUAAAGAUCAGCAUGUGACAACAUUACAUAAACUUCUUAAUUUGUGGCUCGACGCUUCUAUAUCUGAAAGUUCUGAAGACAAUGAGAGUAAUACGUCACCACAAGACAGAGGUAGUAAGAAUUCUUCGCCAAAUUUGACUUCCAAUCCAACCUCUGAUUCGUCGGACGCCGGCGGAAGCGGCAAAAGUAACGACGAAGCCAAUUUUUUGAACAACGACUGGGAUGCUUCUUCAAGAAACAACAUGAACAGAAGCCAACCAUUCCAGUUCCCGCGUUCCGCCGACAAUCACGUCUAUAAUAAUAGCGGCGAUAGUGGCGAUGGUUGCGAUGGUGGCGAUGCUAGUGACGGCGUUGAUAAUCUCAAAGAUACCAUUAAAAGUGAUACGCCGGUUUCCGCAUCAGAUUCAAAUGAAAAUGAUAGUGAAAAUUAUAAACAGAGAAAAUCAGAAAAGAAAGUAGUCAUAUCAGGAAACUCUGAUUACGGUUACGUCACUCAGAUAGAAAACCAGGAGUCGAUAUCCACAUCGAGCAACGAAGAUGAGCUGCCAACUAAAAAACCUUUGCACCAAAAACCGCACACGAACAAACAGAGAAUUAACAAUAAAGUACGGUCGACCCUCACUCUUCAGGAAAGAAAAAGAAAAAAAAUCGUCAAGAAAGGAAGAAUUAAUAUAACAACACUGCAAGGGCACAAUUCGCUGACCGACGACGAUAUUUCCAAUGUUUUAAAAGACUUUACAAUUAAUUUUCUGUUAAAAGGAUAUAAUUCGUUAGUGAAGACGUUGCAUAAAGAAAUUUUGACUAAUGCUCAACUCGAAAUUGAUACAUCGCAUUUUUUUUGGCUCGUUACAUAUUUUUUGAAGUUUGCCACACAAAUUGAACUCGACUUGGAUCACGUUUGCUCAGUGCUGUCAUUUGAAAUCAUUUCAUAUUUGACAGCGGAAGGAGUAAAUCUUUGCGAACAGUUUGAAAUCGCCAGGAAAUUGGACGGAAAUGACUUGAAACCUAACGUUCGAAGAUUGCAUUUGGUGGUGACAGCCAUCCGAGAAUUUGUUCAGACGAUUGAGUUGUAUAAGAAAUCGCCGCAUACUUGUGAUGAUGACCAAGACAAACUGGUGUCGCUGCAAAUGAAGAUGUGUGAAACGGAUGAAUUGCGCUCGCUUUUAGUAUUGCUUUUACGUAAUUACAAUCCUAAAUAUCAUCCGAAACAAUAUUUACAGGACCUUAUUGUCACCAACCACAUUUUACUGAUGUUUUUGGACAACGGUAUGAAAAUGCCGGAUUACAAAGGCUCGGCCAGUAUGCCCGAUCAUAUAAAACAGUUUGCAACACCUGAAAUAAUGUCCCAAUAUGGGAUUUUGUUGGAGGAUUACGAAUGCAAUGGGGAGUUCGUCAACGACUGCAUUUUCACCAUGAUGCACCAUGUGGGCGGAGAGUUGGGAUGCGUCAAAACUUUGGUUCAGCCCAAGAUUUUAAAAACUUUCACAUCCAUAUGUCAAGCUGAGUUCGAGAUUUGCGAUGAUUGGUCCGAUCUUAUUGAGUACGUUAUAAAUACAUUCAUAAAGAAACCUCAAUCGUUGCAAUGUAUUGGAACCAUCCGACUUGAAUCUGAGAAGUUCGAUGUAGACCAAAGCAAAGAAGCAGGAAAAGACGUCGGAGUCAAAAGAAAGUCAACUACAAGCAGCGUAACGAAUGCUAAUGAGAGAUGGACAGAGAACGAGAUAUCUUCUUUGAGCUGGAACUAUAUUCAGUGUAACACAACGUCUGAUGUGAUCGGCGAAGUACUGAAAUUAUUUAAAGAGGACGGCAUAAUUAAAAAGAGGGAUUCCGUAAUAAAGGAACUUUUUAAACAGUCAAUAAUAAGCAAGGAAGAAUUCGAGAAACUUCUUAAAUCCGAAAUGGAUAGGAACUCUAAAGCAUUUGAAAUUAACAAAGAGAUGCGAGAUGACGAAAUAGGAAAGCUUUGCGAACAGUUGGCCCAGGAUGGCAAGUCGAAGUUUUUGAAUUGGGUACAAACAGUGUUACUCGACACUUGCUAUGCCAAAAUAUAUUUCGAGAAGAAAGCACAAAUGGACAUAGAUUUUACGAACAAAGACAAAGAUAUGGAUAAUACAAAGGACCCUAUCGCCUCUUCUGUGUCGUAUCAUUCAUUGGUUUUAAAACAAUCCGUACCACUGGUGCCGUGGAAUUGCGAGCAAGCUUCAAUAUGUAAGGAUUUAAAAUUUCUGCAGCUUUUGCAUAAGCUCGGCUUCCACAUGCCCGUCGACUCUGGCAAAGUGUUUAUUCGUAUACCUCACUUCUGGACGCCUGACUUUAUUUUCGAUGUGGCAAGUAAAAUAUCACCGAUUGAAAAAUCUAAAUUAAAGUUUUCUGUGAGUGAAGCUAUGGAGAGCAGUGUGAAAAACUCAAAUCAGCGAAAGUCAUUAGCGUUGCCCUCAAUCACAAAAGACACUAUAAUGACCACUCGUCUUGAUAAUUUCUAUCAAGUUAACAAACAACAGCAAUUUGGUGCCCUCGUUAACUUCACUCCUAUGCCUGGUUCGUCAUUCAGCUUGAACGAGGAUGAAUUUCAAAAGCCCAAUUGGCUCGAAAUAGUUCAGAAAUCUCAAGAAUACAAAAUAUCUUUCGAUGUUGGAAGCAGUAUUGUGAAGGAAGAGAUGGUGGAAGUGAAGGUAACGGAGGUGAAGGGCAGGUCGGAUCAGGAGGUCCGCGAGGAGCGGGGACGUGUGCGGGGGCAGGAGGCUGGGGCGGAGGCUGGGGCGGAGGCCGAGGAGGCGUCAUGCAUGCCGGACGCAGCGCUCGCGAUACCUGCCGCCACUAGCGCCACGAGCGCCACGACCACCACGAGCACCAAACCCGAUGUCAAAUAUAACUUGCACCUCAUGGAGUCUGAAUAUCACAACAGCGUGUGUGAGACGGCGUCGGUGGCGUCGGACCUGACGCGCAUGUACGUGUCGGACGAGGACGAGAAGCCGGAGCCGAUGCGGGCGCCCGCGCUGCCGGUGAAGGCGCUCUGCGACGAGUCCAGCGACACGCCCACCGUCGAGAAACGACCUAGAGUCACUUUCUUUCCUUCCUUUUGAAAGAGAAACAUUUACGUGGCGUAAUCACUUGAUACUAUUAGUUUGUAAUGCAGUAAUCAUUUUUUGCUUGUAGUGUUACCAUAUAUUGUAAGUUAUCUUCAUUGUUUGACCUACUCGAUGUUAGAUUGAGGAUCGAGUUUCAUUUGAUACUACUCGAUGUCUUAUAAUCGUUUUAUAAGUGCAAGUCGAUCUUGUCAUGCGGAAGGAAAGUAUAACAUCGUAAUGUGCCGGAAGUCUUCGGGCGGCUCCUUGUAUCGAGCGGCGUAUAGUUCGGUGGGCGACGGGCGGCGGG